AUGACUGAAUUGUCCGACAACGAGUUGGAGAAGGUGAAGGACACAGCCGAAGAAUGGUCAAACAACUUCACCUCCAAGAUACAAGCACAUAGUGGCUCGCAAUGUGGGAUGAGAGUGUUUGUGAUGUCAGUGUGGAAGAAUGAACAGGGUGAGGUGCUGUUCGGGAUGCACGAUGAUAACGAGGCAUUAGGAGAUGGGGACAGUUUCAUGAAGAUGAAGGAGUGGGAGGACAUCGAGCCAGUUUGGCAGGAGUAUGCACAGGAACAAUUUGGUGCCAGGGCACGGGAUGGAGGAAAGUAUGUUCCGGUGGAUGUAGACUUGAAGGAGCCAUCAAAGUUGCAACAUUGGGACAUGACCGCCUUACUGAAUUUCUGGUAUGCUCGGCAGGAGAAAAGCAAAGGUCCAACAUUCCUGUUCAAAGCAUCGAAGAACAGAGAUGGGGACAUGGUAACCUCAGUUGUAUCCGGGAAUUCACCUUCUCAUCAGACUCAUAAAGUCAGAAGAGAUAUGAUCCAAAGGCCUUGGAAUUCGGAGACCGAAACUGACAGUGAUCCCGAGACCGAUCACAAGGGUGAUCCCAAGAGUAAGCCCAAGGGUGACACUCAUGAUAUGGAGGAUGAUGCUGGUGAUGACGCAGCAGAAGGUAGAUCCCCGCAAAAGAGACCCAGAACAGAGCCUGGUCCUUCAACAGCACAUGAAGGGACCGCUGUCCCACAUGCAAUUCCAAAGCCUUGCCCGGUCAAUGCAGAGAAAACUGGUGCACUGCUGACAUCGCGAAUGGGCAACCUCCCGGCUGGACUGACUGAGAGAGUCACCGGCAAUGUUCAGGAGGAUGGUGCAAUCGAAGGAGUCAAUAGGUCACCGGCACUGAAAAACAUGCGGGGAAAGAAAGCAGUGAUUGAGUCAUCGGCGAGGACAACCCAGAGUAAGUCAACACAACAGCCAUUGGACACUAGCCCUCGAGUGACCAGAGCGAGGGGAAAGAAGUAA